GUGACAAAUGGGAUGAAAAGUAGCAACUCCUCUUGGGCAUUAAACAUGCAAUAUGCAACUAAUCAGCCUGUUAUUGUUAGUUUCGUCAAGGAACAAGAAGGGAUUCCACAUGAAGCAAGGAAACCAAAUCCUACAUGGAUUAGGCCGAAAUUCUGUCACAUAAAAGGAGGAGAAUGGCACCAUCUUUUUAGGGUUUCCAGCCGAAUUUAUGUGGAGAUAAUGCAGCAAACAUCAAGGAAAUUAAGGGAAAUUCUUACCUUUUAUUCUCCAUAUAAAUUCCUAAUAUUCCUAGAGUUUAUAUCUGAUUUAUAUUCCUUUUCUAGGGACAUUAAAUGACACAAAUAUGGGAAGAAUUAUCAGCAGCAAAUCAGCAAUUAACAAGGAGAGAUUCAAGCCGAAUUCAAUUUGGAAAACAAGCAAUGUAUUCAGCCACAAUUCCAGUCGAAUUCAAACUCUUAAUGUGCAAGAUAUUCUAGAGAAUUCUAAGGAAUAUUCUCUGAAAAUAUUGUGCUAUUAUUUGUGGCCCUUGGAUCGGAUUUUUAAUCAAUGGUGUGGAGCAAAACCCUAGGUCGACAUGACCACUAUAAAAGGAGGUUUUUAUAUCAGAAAAAAGGGUCGUCGUUCAUUCACGUAGAAACCAGAGAAAACCCUAGCAGCAGCCGAGCCUCCUCUUCUCCACCUUUGCUGAGUUCAUCCUCCCUUGCCAAGCCUUGAAGGACUUC